AUAGGAAAACUACCGCGCAUGCGCCGAUAAAAUUAGGGGUCUCGAGGUUGGUGUUCAAUGGACGUGGAAUAGUUACGGGAGCCACUGAAAGAUGGCAAUGUUGGAGCGCGAGCUGCAUUUCGCCGCGGCCAGUUCGAUAAAAAUCAGUCGUUCGCAGGGGCUGUUUUGGCGUGGUGUCAGUGCUGUGAUUACUUCGUGACAAGUUCGCGUGCAAUUCCGCGGUAAAUUAUCAGUGACCCGACCGCGGUAAGUACACGCAGAAGGUGGAAUGAUAAAUGGUGGCGACCAGCAGCAUGGUGUAUGAGGAGAUCGUCGGGAUACGGGGCAGCUGACCCCAGCCACCGCGCACGCUUUUCACGCGCGAGAUGCCCCACAGCUUGAACUCCGCUUCCGCCAACUCCGCCAACACGGGACCGAAUCACCAGGCCUACGCACACCAGCCUUAUCAUCGACCGAACGGAGAUGGACUCCAGCCAGAGAAAGAGCCGGUGGAUUUCGACACGUCGCAUCUACGCGGUGCACCGGCCGAGGUCGAGGCACUGGUGCACAACAUCAAAGAGGUUGCGCAGCAGUUUCUUUACCACUGGAGAACCUUUCCCAUCGUCCUUCCGCCGUCGCUCUCCACGUGCGCGGAAGGUGAGGACACGCUCGCCAGGAAGAAACACCACCUGAGAGACCUCUUCGUCGCGCCUAGUUUCGACGAGUUGGAUUCGGUGGCUGUUGACAGCAAGGGCGAGCCCAGGAGGCUGACCAAGAAGCAGCUGGAGAGCAUCAGUAAGAGAGGCUUUCAGAAGGAGAAGUACGGAAAACCGAAGAAGCUGAAUGCCACUCAAUUGGAGAGCAUUCGAAGAUGCGGGGAGUUCGAAGUCGAUUCGAUUAAUUUCGCUGGUCAGACCCAUCGAUGGAAAUUAAGCGGUCUUCUUCAACGUGGACGAGAUCGAAGGCGAGACGCGUUGCUUCGCGAUCUUGCUUUGGCGACCAGAUUCCUUGUAGUUACAGCAAAAGCUAGACUAGUCUCCCAUUGCUUCAGUAUUUCACAGUCUCUGAAAGCGCUGUUAACGGGGCUAUUACGGCUUCUUGACAUAAUAAUUGGCGUGCCGUCUCUUCAAGCGCAUAACCUGGAUGCGAAAAUCAGGGAGGAACGUUGCCGAUACUUGGUUGCCGAAUUGGUGUGCAGGCCAGAAUAUGAAGAUUCUCUGGAACUUCUGUGCGGCUUUGUCCGAAAACAGCUGCGACGAGCAACCAUGGAGAAAUUCGAAGUGGAACGAGAAUUGUCGCAACUAUUGCCCAUCCCGGUUCCUUUCGUAUUUGGAACGCCCGGCGGAGCGGUGGUUGACCUUAGAUUAUUUAGCAGGGACAUAAUCAGAAAAGCUUUACCGAUUCUAGUUGCUAUUUUGGAGAGAGAGACGCGAGGCUGGUUUCUUCAUUUCAGAGAAAGACUGAUAUCGGAAUUGAGAGCGCGGAAGAAGCCGGAUGAAGAGAUCGAAAAGGAAGUUAACGAAGCUGUUAUGCGAGAAUAUCUGCAGAGGGUCUUCUCCAAUAUUUUGUCGCAUCCGGAUAUACUUGACCUUGGGACUGGAAUCGCUCAACUUCUCGUCCAACAAGCACAGUCGGUUGUGUUGAUGCAUCGAGCGGUAGAAACAGUGCAACGUAAACUGUUGCAAACUAAAGAGUCGCUGAGACGUCAUAUCGAAAAUGAACACCCUGUCCUCUCUCGAAUAGAACCAUGGAUGCGCGACAGAAUGAGAGAAGUCGAAGACAAGUUUAUAGAAGAGUGCGAGUGGAGCGCGCACGAAGAAGCUCUAACGCUGUGCACUCAUCAAAAUUUACAACAGACGGUUUAUUUCCUUAACCGUGAUUUAACAUUUAUGAAAGAGCGGGAGCCAGUUUUAUUGAAAGAACUGCGCAAAGUAAAAACACCCACAAGGAGUUUCCAGUGGCCGACUCAAAUAUGGCUUCCAAAGAAUUGGAUCGUUAGGCGAAAUUUCCAAGGUCAGUCUGAAGUUAUACCAACGGUGCUGAGUACCACUCCGACAUCCAUUACAACGCCUCGUGCUGAUCCGAGUCAACCGGUCUUCUUAGUCGAAAGAGAAAUCGUACAUACGACCACUACGAGAUGGCCUAUGUGGCGUUGGAUAAACUAUGUAGCUAGGACAUGGUGUUGGACUUGGAAUGCAAUGUUCUUGUUAGGUGUAGCAGUGCCGUGGUGUAGUCCAGUCUCCAUCCGGGCUUUGUUACUUGUCCAACCUUUCACUCCUGAUCUAGAAUUAAGUCAACUAAACGGUACCUUGUUUCCCAGAAAGUCAUCUCAAAUGCCCACUCUUUGUUCUCGAUUGAUAGCUCUUUGGAGACAUAUUAGUAAAAGCCGAACACAUUUCGAAACGGAACCGGAUACUGGAUUUAUUGGAAAGGGAAUGACAAGGCAUUUAAACAGGUUAUGGAAUUAUGGCGUGAAAGGACUUCUAGGAACACUCGGGAUACUGUUUAUUUUUCCUGUCAUGUGUAUACUCACAAGUCUGGGAUCACUCGUUAUUGCGCUUACUGCGGUUUUGUGGAUGCCUUUGAUUACUUUGACGUUGCACGCGUUCAUGGCGCUUAUAAUGGAUCUGGAUAGUCCAGAACCAAGUCGAAAUCGAUACUUAGUCAUUAUGGAAGCGUUAAUUUGGAAUAUCGGUGUACAAGGGUGUCUACAACCAAUUGCAGCGUUAAUUGUAGCUCUUUUUUUGUGUCCCAUCAUUUCUUUUGUGAUACUUACAGUUGCUGUGAUACGUUACUGGAUCAGAGUGGUCUGGGACACGGCUAUGUUUCAUUUAGUAAUAAAGAACAGGGGUCGUAUACCUGCCAGUGAUAGCUUUGUGGUUAAAAGGAUAGCCGGGCCAGGAUUAACAUCUGAUUAUUACUAUCAAAUUAGACCAGAGCAAGCAUUAGCUGCAUUCGAAGCGAAAUUAGAGUUAGACGAGCUGUUGGCUUUCCAACAGGAAACAGAACGAUUAAUUACUCAACCGCAGAGAGAUUUUACUCAGUUUGUAGAAGCUUGUUUUGGCCCAUUUGCCGCUAGUCUUGCUAAAGCGAAAGACCCGUACAAAUCGCUUGAAAAAGAAGCCAAAGAUUUAAUUGCUGUGUUACAUGAAAAAUUGGAUAGACGUAGGAAGAAUUUACAAACUGGACUCGCAAUGGUCGUGAGAAGUAAAAUAAAACUUACCACCUUUGACUUAAAGGUAGUCAUACAACAAGGAGCUCUUAUGCUGGAACGUCUCUAUCCUGCUCACGUGUUCGCGAGAUUAUCAGGAAACGAAGAGGAUUUUUGGGAAAAUAAAGGUUUAAGCGUCGGUGACUGGGCUGGUUUAGCCGGUCUUAUGUACGCGGAUAUUUUCAGUUUAAAUUUUCUUCAACCUCUCGACGAUAUGGACACAAAAUUUAGGUUAGAACCUCAUCCAGGCGUCGAUCUGUCGCGUUAUACGGAUAUGGUUCACAGCACCGAACUUGGUGGAACCAAUGGCCCAGAUUUGCUCGGAGCCGUAUAUGCACCACGUGGAAAUAUACAAGUUUAUAGCCCUUACCUGGAAGUUUCAGCUUUCAACCCGCGAGCCAAGCAAACCAGUAGCAGUAGAAAGUCUGACAAACGAUGCGAUACUGGGGGGCUGUUAACGUCAACGAGAAUUAAGAAACGCACAACGUCAACAAAUGGAACCACAGAAGCGCGUUGGCAACCGUGGAAGCGACAAAUUCGUCCUUACAGUGCGGAAAAGUUAUUGAUUCCGCUUCCUAUUCCGCAUCCGGCUCAUAUUGCUGUUACUAUUCACAAUCGCGACUCCGAAAGUCCGAUUCCUCUUGACUCGGAGCUCUGUCAAAACAUACUAAGAGCAAUUGAAGAGUCGCCUGGUGAAAUGUCUACCGAGUAUGUUAGUCGUUACAGAGGCGCGGGGGAUUCUAGCUUUGAUUCAGUGGCUUCGCACUCUUCGGUUUCUGUUGAGACUGGCUUAGACAAAGACAAUGAAACGCAAGAAACCGCCACUACCGAGAAGGAAGGUGAAACUUACCAUUGGACUUUAUCUAAUUGGGGCGGUGGUAUGACGAGAAGAAGAAAUAAUUCUGGAUCUAUAAAAGUUGAUUUAGCAUCUCCAGAAGACGUUACUCUGGACACGGAUACCACCAGAGUGAUGUUCAGUACAUAUGGAACAACUGUUUAAAUUUAGUUCGCUGUUACAUCAGGUAAAUAUAUAUAUAAUAGGUGCGAAUAGAAACGAAUAAGUAUAGAUUAAAAAUCAAGUAGAAUUAGAUGCGAUUUUGUUGUCUAUAUAAUUUUAUAAAUUUGCAUUUAUUUAUUUAAUUUUUAUUCGUAUGAAGUAGAUUAAGUAAAAUUUCUCUCAUCAAACGAGUUUUAAAUUUAAAAUCAAUUUUAUCUAAAAUAUCCAGGAAAGCUUCAUUUGAUCUGCAUAUUAUUAUAUACUUUUUUUAACAAUAUAUUAUCAUCAUUUUCACUGUAGCAAGAUGUCAUCUUUUAUGCCUACUUAAAGAUCUUAUAAAUCCAUCCUUAAGAUAGUCCGCGAUUAAUGUAAGUUAAUCGGUGGCUAUUAUUAAAAGUAUUAAUUUUUGUUGAAAAAUUAAGUGAACUCUUGUGGUUGAUAUAACGAUAAGUAUAGAAUGCUCAUCUGCAAAGUCUGGGAUGUCAUUACAGAUUCAUAACUUUUAUGUAUACAGAUUAUGAACAGAGUCGAAUAAUUAGAAUUUUAGUGUAUGAAUGGUUAACGCCAUUAAAAAGCCUCUUUAAAUCUAUGUUGAGAAAAUUAUACAACAUUCAUACUGAUAUAUUGUAUAUAGAUAGUUAAUUGUAUAAAUAAACUUGUUAAUGUAACGAUACCUCAAAUAAAUUUUCUUGUUGUUUAUGCUAAAGGCCAUUUACAUAAAUACAUAAAAGUUUGCUCUCUUUCAAUAUUUACAUAAUUCAUAUGAGAUAGAAUCAUAGCGGUAUUUCUUCCGAAAUUAUUCGUAAAAUUUCAAGCUGCCAGUAUAAUGUAUAUACAUAAGUUGACAGUCAUUCCUUAAGAUUAUUUCCUAAUAAUUUACAUUAUUCCUUAAUUUAACAAACGAUAUUCAACAAAUUCUUUAUCGUUAACAGUUAAUUGAUAGACCUACGUUCGAGAUUUCAAAAUUGUCGUUUAGAUAUCAUGCAUAUAGUAACCAGUUAACCUUAGGCACGUCUUUGAACGAGUGUAAACAUUUUUUAAAAUCAUUUUUCGCUAAUUUUAAUAGAAGUACUAUUAAUGUGUAUGUACAUAAGGGGAUUACACUACAUAUUUCAAUGUCAAGUAGUUGGGUUAUGAAUUGAACUUUAAUUAAAGUUGUACAAUACAAAAUACAAUAUCUUCUAUUGUAUCGGGACUAUUAGAUCGUAUUACGGAAAUGGAAAUUGAAUAAUACAAAAAUAAAUAUUAUAGUAUUUUAAUAUUUCGAUAUAUUCAUUGAAACAUGUAGCAAUAUAUCCAUAUAAAUUUGCAGUCGCACAAUGUAAAAUGCAAUAUAUAUCGCAAGAAAUUGUUUUUGUUUGCGUUACGGCACUAAAAAGAUCGUGCCUGAAUACAAUCGAAUAAAGAAAACAUACAAUUUUAAAGUUACUGUCCGUAUUUAAAAAAUACAUUUUAGUAAAUGCAAUUAGAUAUUUGAAUCCAGACGUCGUAAACGAUAGGAACCAGUGUUAAGCGAUAAUAAUUAUACAAUUGUCCUUUUUGACCAGUUUUUGUUUGCCGUCAAACUGAACUAAGAGUAGUUAAGAAUCUAAGCGCUCCGUUUUUGAAGGAAAGGCACAUUUUGGAAAUUGCCUCCAAAUUUACUAAUAUAACGCACAAAUCCAUCCAAUGGAAAACAUCCAAAGAAAAUACUGUUAUAGUUUUUAUUAACUAUACAGUUAAUUAAUAAUUGCAUAAUAUCCAUCCAGGAGUGCUCAAUAUUGGUACGAACCUAAGUGUGUCUGAUGGCAAACAGAAUAAUGCAGUAUAUACAAAUACGAAACCUCUUGUAACAAUAAUGUUUCAAAAUAUUAAAAACCCAUGUUUGCAGAAGAAAAUGAUUUUAAAUCGAAAAAUUAUCGUAGAAUACCGUAAUGUUAUUACUUCUUACAGAAAACAAAUGAUGCAUAAAUGAAAUGAAAUGAGUAGUACAUAUUGUAAUAGGUAUAAAAGCUAUAGGGGAAAAAUUGUAUCGUGAAUGUAGCAUUAAUCAAACAUGCAUACGUACAAACCAAAUGUGUAUUAUUUUCAUAUACUGUAAAGGCAUUAUAUUUUUAUCAGUAAAUGGUUCGAUAAAUGGUUUGCAUUUAGUUUGUCUAGGUAUUGAAUAUGAAUCGCACUACAAGACUUUCGUUAAAUAUUCCAUAGACAGAAAAGUAAUUGUACAAAGCCGAACAAGUUAUGAAAAAAAUAUAUAGAACAUUUGCAACAUCACCGAAAACGAAGAUAAACUUAAAAUCGUAACUAGUUAUACAGAAUUUACGUAGGGAUCUAAAUUACAUAUAGACAAAUUAUAGCACCAAAUGUCUACUACUUAAUAUUAAAAUACCACUUUUCCCUUAAAUCUUGAUUUUAAUAACCGCUAUUACUAUGUAAAACUGUAUAAUACUAUUAUCAUGUACACCAAGCGUACUGGCAUAAUGUAAAAUAUUAGCUGUACUCCUUCGCAAUUGAUUAUAAAAUAUUUCUUAUAACGAUUCCUUUUUGUCGUAAACAAUUAUUUAUGUUAUUGUCAUAAUGUAAUUAAAAUGCCUUCGUCUUCUUCUGCACACUUUCAAUCGUUGUAUGUAUGUUUCUUCAAAAUAUUAUCGUAUUUCUUUACGUUUUUGUAUACAUUAAACAUAAGUGUGACGAAAGAUAUGCGUAAAUUUUCGUUUACAUCCUUUUUAUACAUACCAAAUAUCUUAAAUACUCAAAAAAAUGUUCAGAUAUCGCUAAAGGAUAGGAAAUAUACAGUCUUUAUUCGUUUUUCGCAUUUAUCUGCAGAAAAAUAAUUCCCUAUUUUACAAUCAUGCAAAAGAAUGUGCAAACAGUAAUCGUUACUGUCACGUUCUCUUUCUUUCUCAUUAAUUUUUGAAAAAUGAAUAAUCAUCCGAAUGUUAAUGUCAGGCAAUGAAUUUGUACGAAUCACUCGUCGAACUUUCUGGACAAAACGUGAUGCGUAUUUUCGUUCCGAUUGGCUUACAGCUCGAUGCUCUGAUUCGCAAUAGACACGGAAUUGCGCAUGCUUUGGAAAUGGUAUAUUCCAACCAUACAUAGGUAUCGUUUGAACUAAAUAUUGUAAAUCUUCUAGCGAUUUUUCUCAAAUGUAAUAAAAAAAACGUUAAAUGAUAUUCGUUUAACGAGCGAAAUAUAUUUUGUAAAAUGUUUAUUCGGGUAAAGAAAAAAUUUGCUCGGCGACAAUGUACGUAUUUCGAUACGUUGAUUCGGAAGAGUGGGGGUACAGAAAGCGUACCGCUUGUGCGCGACAAGCUAGUGUUAAACGUUGCAUAUCGCGGUUUACAAAUCACGAAACGUGGUCCGACAAGUUUAGACAAUCGUCAUCGUGAAAAAACUGACAAAGCUGACCGUACUCAACACAGGUAUCUAAAUAUGUAUCGGAAUCGUCGCGAGGAAGCGAUAAGAGAUCAUUCAUACGCGCAGCCUUUACGAUAACGAAACUUACGUUGGCAAGGAGUAAACGUGCCUGUGAUUAUUCAAGUACGAUUGUGUUAAAGAAAAAGCAAGUUGUGAAACCCGUAGCAUCAGCGACCAAAGUAGUAAUGCAGUUUGAAGUUAACACGGCGUCGGAGUGAAAGUGAUACGGCACGAGAACGUAUUCUACCAUCGAAACUACGUAAUCGUAAAUGUGCCCUUACGACGAAGAAAACGAAACCGCGUUCGAUUUGAUUCUUUUGCAACGUGGAAAUAAUUUAAAAAAUAACAUUGGCCGUGAGUCACGAUCCUUCGUAAUGCAUAUAUUUUUCAUUGGACAAACUAUAUAGUUUUCUUUUUUUAAACAAAUUCUACACAGAUACGACAUACGUUCUUACAACGUUAAGGGGAAAAAAAGAGAAAUAAGACACAGAAAAAGGAAUUACAGUCAAGUAUUUACGCGAGAAGUGGAAACCGAUAUAUGUCGAAUUGGAAAAAAUGAUCGAAAACAAUUAGAGUUGGAAAGUAAUAUAAGAAGAGCACGUAAAAUCAUACGUGUAAUCGAUAUUCGAUGGAUAAAAGGUAUCAAAAAAAAGAUUAAAGGCAGUCGGGUUGGUGUUCGCAAAAGGCGCAGUUACACGUUGCCGAAUCAGAUUCAGCGAGAACGUAGCACAGAAUCGGAACUCUCGAUCGAAGUCGAGCGCGUGGGAAUCGAUCGUUGCAAUUUUCGACGUACGUUCCCCAGCUCUUUUUCGUUCCCGAUAGAAGGGCGCUGUACGGCGAUCACGUUUCGCGGGGGCCGUACGAAAAAUGGUGCGACAGGCGAAGUGAGAGAAGUCGUCGAGCGUUUCUUUUUGGUCUGGAAAUACCGGCAUUCGUACGGGAGCGUGUUUACGUGCGGGCGAACCAAAACAUCAAUGACCUUGAAAGAGGAGAAGUCACGUGACCGUGAGAGAGCACGAGGAUUGGACAGCCGAGGCGCAUAUAAUGUGUAUUGCGCCGUGCGCGGCCUGCGUCCCGCAUUCCGUGUCCGAUAGAUGGUAGAAGGUUUAGCGGGGGAAAAGGGGCGAAAGACAGACUACGCGACGGCAACGACGACGGCAACGACGAGGACGACGAGAAAGACGAGAGAGAUUGCCGUUCGCCCGUACGUUCGUGUGUGUGCGCGCGCGUUGCUCCGUUGUGUGCGCCCCCAAGAUGAAGUCCGACUCUAAACCUUUGUUGACAGCUCAGGCGGAAAAGGCGAAUCAUUACACGUAAGUAAGCGCCCGCCGGGCCGGUCGCGUGCUACGUGAGAAAAGUGAGAAUCAAAAAAAAAUUGGAGGCCAAAAAGUGCGUGAUCGAAAGUGGAGUGCAAAACACGAAAAAAAAAAUAA